AUGAAUCAGGUCACAAUUCAAUGGGGUGUGGUAACAGCUUUUUACAUUCUCUUCAAUUGGUGUCAUGGAGGAAUUACAACUCUACGCUGCUCUGGUCACAUCUGGGUAGAACCAGCCACAGUCUUUAAGAUGGGUAUGAAUAUUUCUAUAUAUUGUCAAGCAGCAAUUAAGAACUGCCAACCAAGAAGAGUAUUUUUUUACAAAAAUGAUGAAGAAAGAUUUCAAGCGACAAUGAUAAAUAAAACAACAGCUUGGCUUUGGUAUAGUAACUUUCGCGAACCACGUGUUUCUGUGUACUGCACAGCUGAAUGUCUUGAAUAUUUUCAAGAGACACUGAUAUGUGGAAAAGACAUUUCCUCUGGAUAUCCACCAGAUGUUCCUGCUAAUGUAACCUGUGUCAUUCAUGAAUAUUCAGGCAAUAUGACUUGUACAUGGAAUAUUGGAAAGCCCACCUACUUAGAUACAAAAUACACAGUGCGUGUAAAGAGUUUAGAGACAGAAGAAGAGCAACAAUAUCUCACAUUCAGUUCCAUUAACAUCUCCACUGAUGCAUUACAAGGUGCCAAGAAGUAUGUGGUUUGGGUUCAAGCUGCAAAUGUACUAGGCAUGGAGGAAUCAGAACAACUGAAAAUUCACCUGGAUGAUAUAGUGAUACCUUCUUCAGCCACCAUUUCCAGAGCUGAAAAUAUAAAUACUACAGCCACCAGAACUAUAAUCCAUUGGACUAGUCAAACAGCCAUUGAAAAGGUUUCCUGUGAAAUGAGAUACAAGGUUACAACAAACGAGACUUGGCAUGUCAAAGAAAUUGAUGCUAAUUUCACAUACCUGCAACGGUCAGAAUUCUAUUUGGAGCCAAACACUAAGUAUGUAUUUCAAGUGAGAUGUCAGAAAACAGGUAGCAGGUAUUGGCAGUUCUGGAGUUCACCCUUUUUUCAUACAACGCCCAAAACAGUUCUCCAGGUCAAAUUCCAACAUGAGACUCAGAAUUCUGGACUUCUAUUUACUUCUAAACAUAAAGGACACCUUAUCACUGACAACAAGAGACAAAACAUUGGACUUUUAUCAGGAAUGCUCUGCUUUGCCUUUAUGUUAUCCAUUCUUUCUUUGAUUGUUAUAUUUAACAGAUCACUCCAAACUGGAAUUAAAAGAAGAAUCUUGUUGCUCAUACCAAAAUGGCUUCAUGAAGAUAUUCCCAAUAUAGAAAACAGCAAGGUCUUCAAAAUACUACAGGACAAAAGUGAAUUUGUGACUAAUAAUCCUAGUGAACAGGUCCUAUAUACUGAUCCCAUGAUUACAGAGAUAAGAGAAGUCUUCUUCCCAGAAGCACAUACACUCACAGAUAACAAUAAAGGAAGUCAGACUGGACCUCAAGAGAUGAGAGAUUGCCUACAAGAAUCGCUACUCACCAAUACUACAGUCGUGUACAUCCCUGAUCUCAACACUGGGUAUAAACCCCAGAUAUCAAACUCUCUUCCUGGAGAAAAUCCUCUUAGUAAUAAUAAUGAAACAGAUUCUUCAAUUCUUAAAACACCAGUUGGUUCCUUGGAUCUGGGAAAGAAUGCCAUCUCUAAAAAGUAUCCAAGUUUUGCUGUUUCAGUCUCAAGUAUGAAUUCUCUAGGCAACACACUAUGCCUUGAAGAAUUAAGCCUCAUCUUAAAUCAAGGAGAAUGCAAUCCUCAUGACAGGCAAAACUCAAUAGAGGGAGAAACCACCAUACUUUUGGGAAACACUUCACCCAAUGAAACUAUUCCAGACCAGACCCUACUGCCUGAUGAAUUUGUUUCUUGUUUGGGGAUCAUGAAUGAGGAGUUGCCAUCUAUUAAUCCUUAUUUUCCACAAAGUAUUCUGGAGGAACAUUUCAACAGGAAAAAUAAAUCUGCAUGA